AGAGCUUGGCAGGCCACAGUGGAACGCGGGGCCCGACUUAUCAUAAGGGGCAUUUGUUGGGGGCGGAGCUUUGACGGGAGCUUCCCUGGAGCCGUUGGUGCCCGGGGUAGCCCCGUUCCGGCCGAGCCGCUUCAGCGGGGGACGUAGCCAUGAAGGAAGAGAAGGAGCACAGGCCUAAGGAGAAGCGAGUAACCUUGUUAACCCCCGCCGGGGCCACAGGCAGCGGUGGUGGGACCUCGGGGGACAGCUCCAAGGGGGAAGAUAAGCAGGAUCGCAACAAGGAGAAGAAAGAAGCGCUGAGCAAGGUGGUAAUUCGAAGAUUACCUCCCACUUUGACCAAGGAGCAGCUUCAGGAACAUCUUCAACCUAUGCCUGAGCAUGAUUAUUUUGAGUUUUUUUCUAAUGAUACGAGUUUGUAUCCUCAUAUGUAUGCCAGAGCAUACAUCAACUUUAAAAACCAAGAGGACAUUAUUUUGUUCAGAGAUCGCUUUGAUGGUUAUGUAUUCCUUGACAAUAAAGGUCAGGAAUAUCCCGCUAUAGUAGAAUUUGCACCUUUUCAAAAAGCUGCAAAAAAGAAGACUAAGAAAAGAGAUACCAAAGUCGGGACUAUCGAUGAUGAUCCAGAAUAUAGAAAGUUUUUGGAAAGUUAUGCCACAGAUAACGAGAAAAUGACAUCUACUCCGGAGACACUGCUAGAGGAAAUAGAAGCAAAAAAUAGAGAAUUAAUAGCUAAAAAGACAACCCCACUUUUGAGCUUCCUGAAAAACAAGCAGAGAAUGAGAGAAGAAAAGAGAGAAGAAAGAAGAAGGAGAGAAAUAGAAAGAAAAAGACAAAGAGAAGAAGAGAGGAGGAAAUGGAAAGAAGAAGAGAAACGAAAAAGGAAAGAUAUAGAAAAGUUAAAGAAGAUAGACAGAAUUCCAGAAAGGGACAAAUUAAAGGAUGAACCAAAGAUUAAGGUACACAGGUUUCUGUUACAAGCUGUGAAUCAGAAAAAUCUACUCAAGAAGCCAGAAAAAGGAGAUGAAAAAGAAUUGGACAAAAGAGAAAAAGCCAAGAAAUUGGACAAAGAGAAUCUCAGUGAUGAAAGAGCCAGUGGGCAAAGUUGUACAUUGCCCAAGCGUUCUGAUAGUGAACCUAAAGAUGAAAAACCAAAGAGACCUGAAGAUGAGAGUGGCAGAGACUACAGGGAGAGAGAACGGGAAUAUGAACGAGAUCAGGAGCGCAUUCUUCGAGAAAGAGAGAGGCUGAAGCGGCAAGAAGAAGAGCGCCGUAGGCAGAAGGAGCGCUAUGAGAAAGAGAAGACUUUUAAGAGAAAAGAAGAAGAAAUGAAAAAAGAGAAAGACACACUUCGGGAUAAAGGAAAGAAGGCUGAAAGUACAGAAUCAAUAGGCAGCUCAGAAAAAACUGAAAAGAAAGAAGAAGUGGUCAAGAGAGAUCGAAUAAGAAACAAGGAUCGUCCAGCGAUGCAGCUUUAUCAACCAGGAGCUCGAAGCCGAAAUCGACUCUGUCCCCCUGAUGACAGCACCAAGUCUGGAGAUUCAGCAGCAGAAAGGAAGCAGGAUCAUCCAGGGAUGCAGUCUUACCAUCCAGGAGCUCAAAGCCGCUAUCAACACUACUUUCCUGAUGACAGCACCAACUAUAGAUACUCACCAGUAGAAGAAAAGCAGGAUUGUCCAUGGAUGCAGCAUUACCAUCCAGGAGCUCGAGGCCGAGGUCGACUCUGGCACCCUGUUGACAAGUCUAGAAAUUCAGCAGUAGAAAGAAACCAGGAUCAUCCACGGAUGCAGCGUUACCAUCCAGGAGCUCGAAACCGAGGUCGACUCUGGCACCCUGAUGACAAGUCUGGAGAUUCAGCAGUAGAAAGAAAGCAGGAUCAUCCAGGGAUGCAGCGUUACCAUCCAGGAGCUCGAAGCCAAGGUCGACUCUGGCAUCCUGAUGACAUAACCAAGUCUGGAGAUUCAGCAGUAGAAAGAAAGCAGGAAAGUGGUAUUAGCCAUACAAAAGAAGAGGAGAGGCCAGGAUCAUCCAGGGACGCAGCUUUACCAUCCAGGAGCUCGAAGCCGAAGUCGAUUCUGGUGCCCUGAUGGCAGCACCAAUCUGGAGAUUCAGCAGUAGAAAGCAAGCAAGCAGGAAAGUGAUAUUAACCAUAGAAAAGAAGGAGGAGAGGAGGGAUAAGUCCAGAUGGCCUUAGGUGUCCUGACUGUCUAGGCAGCCAAAGAGCACAUGUUAAGCAACCCAGAAGUGCCUUCAGGGCAAAGAAUAGAGAGAAAGGGGGUUGCUGUGCUGGUGGGGUACACUGCAGAGGAGUAAGUUUUGCGUCAAAGCAGGAAUCUGAUCAGAGGUUCAGAAUUGGAAGUACAAUUUCAUUGCUUUUGCAAUUUCUACAAAUUAAUUUUAGUCUCAGAAAAAGCUAAUGGCAAGGACAUGCAUUGCAGUUUGCAGGGGGAAAUGUCAAGUGAGGACUUCAUCACAUAUGACACGAGAGAAAAGUAAGAGCUGGUUCUAAAAUCAAAAGCUGUUGUUCAUCCCGAAUUGAAUUUUCUUUUCAUUUUUUUUCUUUUUUUGAGACAGGGUAUCACUCUGUUGCCCAGCCUGGAGUACAG